AUGGCCCCCAAGACUAAGACAGGUGGUAAGCCCAAGGGCACCAAGCAGGCCAACGCCGCCGCCAAGGCUGCGCUGAAGGGUGGCAACUCCCACAAGACCCGCAAGGUCAGACUUAACACGUCUUUCCACCGCCCCAAGACUCUCCAGCUCUCGCGCGCCCCCAAGUACCACCGCAAGUCGAUCCCUCACGAGGUCCGCCUCGAUGAGCACAAGGUCAUCGUCCACCCUCUCAACACCGAGAGUGCGAUGAAGAAGAUUGAGGAGAACAACACCCUCGUCUUCAUUGUCGACAUCAAGGCCAACAAGGCCCAGAUCAAGCAGUCCCUCAAGAAGCUGUAUGGCAUCGACACCGUCAAGAUCAACACCCUCAUCCGCCCCGAUGGCACCAAGAAGGCCUACGCCCGCCUGACCGCCGAUGUUGACGCCCUCGACAUUGCCGCCACCAAGCUCAGCCUUGUUUAA